AGCGUGUGCCGCGAUCCCGCGUCUGUGAUUCGGCUGAAGAGAGAAAAACUGGUGAUUUAACUGAAAAGAUGGCAUUAAUCAAAGAGGAGAGUGAAGAUGUGAAGAUUGAAGAAACAUUCAGAGUCAAACAUGAAGAUACUGAGGAACAAACAGACCUGAUGGUGCUGAAAGAGGAGAUUCAAGAUCUGAAUGAGAUGGAAGAGAAAGAUCUGCAUGAAAAACAUCAAGUUUUCAUAACUAGAGAAAAAUCUUGUAGUUUUUCACAGACUGAACAUACUUACUCUCAAAAAAGAGCUCAGAAGUCUAGAUCUAGAACCUGCCAACAAUGUGGAAAGAUUCUGAACAAAAAAGAAAGCAUUAAAGCUCAUAUGAGAAUUCACACCGGAGAGAAGCCUUACUCCUGCCAACAGUGUGGAAAGAGUUUCCCACAAAAAUAUAAUCUUAGGAUUCACAUGAGAAUUCACACUGGAGAGAAGCCUUACUCCUGCCAACAGUGUGGAAAGAGUUUCUCACGAAAAGAAGGUCUUAUGAUUCAUGUGAGGAUUCACACUGGAGAGAAGCCUUACACAUGCCAACAGUGUGGAAAGAGUUUCCCUCAUAAAGCAACUUUGCAUUCUCACAUAAGGCUUCACACUGGAGAGAAGCCUUACAGCUGCCCACUGUGUGGAAAAACUAUGAACCACAAAGGACAUCUUAGAGCUCACAUGAGAGUUCACACUGGAGAGAAGCCUUUCACAUGUGAUCAGUGUGGAAAAUGUUUCGUACGUAAGGAAGGCCUUAGUAAGCACAUGGAGAUUCAUUCAAGAGAGAGCAGUUUUUUAUGCCCUCAGUGUGGAAGUACAUUCACAGACAGGAAACACUUUAAGCGCCACGUAAAAACUCACAUCGUACAAGAGCCUUUGAUGUGUCAUCACUGUGGAAAGACUUUCACAAAAAAAGCACGCCUCAAGACUCAUGAGAAUUCACACUGGACAGAAACCUUUAACGUGAACAAUGUGGAAUGAGUUUCUGACAGAAAACAACCCUUUAUAUACCCACAGAGAGGCCUUUUCAUGUAACUUCAGUGUGUGUUUCAUAUAUCAAAUAGAUCUGAAUAGUUAUUUGUGAACUUAUUAUUAUGAACUUGUGAAUUAAUUGUGGCAAGAGGUUUAGAAAAUGGAGCAGUUUCAAAGUUCACCUGUGCACUGGAGAAAGUAGGGUACCUGUGGGAC